AUCUUAUUUGUCUACGGCAUACUUGCAGAGAGACCCCAACUUAUGCGCUUUGCUUUCGACCAACAGAAAUGGCCGCGCUUUCUUCUCUCAGUAAUCAAGGACACUGGAGUCAUCCCCCAAACCCACGCCCUCAUGAUCCUCACAGGAUUACUCGCCCACCCCUACUUCCCUGGACACCUUAUCGCCGCUUACGGCCGCUCCGGUAACCUCGCCGCUGCUCGAGAGGUGUUCGACGCAUUGCCCCAACCGACUAUCUCUUCUUGGAACGCCCUCAUCAUUGCUCAUUCCAGAAACGACUCUCCCGUCGAUGUCCUCCGUCUCUACCGCCGCAUGAUCUCCAAUGGGGUCGUUCGGCCCGACAGCUCCACAUUCACCAUCGCCCUCAAAGCCUGCACCCAGUUGUCGGAUCUCGAAGCAGGAAAUCAGAUUCGAUCACACGCACACGACCUUGGCUUCCAAAGCGAUGUUUUUGUGAGUUCGUCGUUGCUAAAUUUGUAUGUUAAAUGCGGAAAGAUGGUUGAUGCAGUUGAACUGUUCGACAGAAUUCCGAAGAGAGAUAUUGUAUCCUGGACCACCAUGAUCACUGGGUUUUCUAGUGCCGGGAAGUCAAUAGAGGCCAUGGAUUCUUAUAGAAAGAUGAGAGAAGAGGGCGUUGAAGGGGAUGAGAUUGUGAUGAUUGGUCUGUUGCAGGCUUGUGCGGCAAUGGGGGAUAUGAGGAGGGGAGUUUCAGUUCAUGGGCAUAUGAUCCGGCUUGGUAUGAAAAUGGAUGUAGUUUUAGGGACCACCCUCAUUGACAUGUACGCGAAGAGCGGGUGUUUGAGCCUUGCAAAUCUUGUCUUCAAGAGGAUGCCGUAUAAGAAUAUUGUUUCAUGGAGUUCUUUGAUCUCAGCCUAUGCUCAGAAUGGUUUUGCAAACGAUGCACUCUUCAUGCUGCUCAAGAUGCAAGAUUGGGGGCUAGUUCCAGAUUCUGUUGCCCUAGUAAGUGCCUUCUUGGCUUGUUCCCAAAUUGGAAUUUUGAAAUUGGGCAAGUCUUUACAUGGCUUUUUGGUUAGGAGAAGGCUCGAAGUUGGUAUAAUAUUGGGCACUGCAGCGAUUGACAUGUACUCAAAAUGUGGGAGCCUUUUGAACGCCCGAGCCCUAUUUGACAGGCUAAGUUCAAGAGAUCUGAUUGCUUGGAAUGCCAUGAUUGACUGUUAUGGUAUUCAUGGCAAUGGAAAGGAAGCUCUUAUACUCUUUCUUAAAAUGAAAAAGCUUGAAUUGAAACCUGAUGAUGCCACCUUUGCUUCUCUAAUGUCCGCAUUCAGCCACUCUGGGCUUGUGGAUGAGGGGCGGCGGUGGUUCUAUUCCAUGGAGAAUGACUUUGGCGUUAAACCCAGGGAGAAGCACUAUGCAUGCAUGGUGGAUCUAUUGGCUCGUGCUGGGCAUGUUGAAGAAGCUUUUGAUCUGAUCCAGAAGAUGGCUAUUGAACCAGGAGUUGCAGUAUGGGUUGCUCUUCUUUCGGGCUGCAUUAACCAUAAGAAGCUGGAACUAGGAGAAUAUGCUGCUGAAAAUGUGCUCAAGUUGAGUCCAGAUGAUUUGGGUGUGUACACUUUGGUUUCAAACAUGUAUGCUUCAGCAAGGAACUGGAACAAAGUACAGGAAAUAAGAAGGUUGAUGAAGAUGAUAGGGGUGAAGAAAACCCCUGGCUAUAGUUUGGUAGAAGUGCAUGGAAAGCUUCAUGCUUUCUUAGCUGAGGAUAAGAGCCAUCCAGAAUAUCUGGAUAUCAUGGCUAUGUUAGAGAGAUUGGAAUGUGAAAUGAGGAAAAAAGGUUAUGUUCCAAAGACACAGUUGGUUCUCCAUGACCUCAAAGAGGAUGUUAAGGAGAGAAUCCUCCUCAGCCAUAGUGAGAGGUUGGCUAUUGCAUUUGGAUUGCUGAACACUGGCUCUGGGAUGAGGAUUCUAGUCAUUAAGAACUUGAGGGUUUGUGAGGAUUGUCAUGAUGCUAUUAAGCUCUUAUCAAAUAUUACAAACAGAGAGAUUGUGGUGAGGGAUUCAAAAAGGUUUCACCACUUCAGUGAUGGGGCAUGCUCGUGUGGAGAUUAUUGGUGAACUCAGAUAAUUUUCAUUAAAAAUGAUAUUUCAUUGAAACUAAAGGAAGUUUAGUGAUUCAAACUUAUGGUCAUUCAAAAGGCCCGCCACUUUUCUGGCUUUGAAUGCAGCAUUGUACUCAUUGAUUGUUCGAUUUCUGAGUUAAAUUGUUCUUUAACAAGGUCGUGGCAAUUGUUUCACCCACAAUAAACUUGGGAAACAUGAAACUUAUCUGGGAAAUGCUCAGCCAUAAUGCAACCAUACGCCCUUGGUGUAACAAGGCUUCUCAGCAUCAUCACUCAGCAUGAUAACAAAAAACAUUGUCCAUUAGCCCGAGCUUCGAUUUCUAUUAUGACCGGCGAUCAAGCAUAUCUAUCUAGCAGCCUUAUUGUUCCAUUCUUAAUUAAUGAAUGCCACUUGAGCCAAUGAAAACAUUCUCUGUAUUUUUCAUUGUUUCUCAAGUAAGUCUAAAAUAACUGGCUUCACACCUGUCAAAGAUGUCAGUUAUUAGAAUGCAAAUUGUGAGUUCAGUAUGCCAUCCCUUUGGAAGUGUAAGAUAUUCUAUGAACUUCUGUGAGAAGCUCUUGGUUGUUCCUGUCUAAUUCCUUGCUCACUCUAGAACUCAGGAGUAACCCAAAACCAAGGAAAUUAAGAAGAAAUUUGUGAUUUCCAAGGAUUAGAGUUAUGUUCAGUUGUGCCACAGAGAAAGCGAAGGUUUACUUCAGCUUUUUCAGACACAAAUCAGAUGCAAAAUCCAACGCAAAUAUCAAACUGUAUCAUUCACCGCUUAAUGACCGCAAAUCCGAUGCUGAUAUAAAUAUCAAACGCUAACUCCAGCUUCUUCUGUAGUGUCUCAAAGGUUCCACUAAAAUGAAGGAAAAAAAAUUAAAGAGGCACUUCCAAAGAUUUCUUCAGUAUCUUGUCAAAUCCCAAAAUUUUUUUCUUUGAAGUUUUGAUCUGGAUGCUUCGAUUUCACAUUGAUGCGGGAGAUAAUUGGUUCUUAUGAUGAUAUUAUUUAUAGAGAAUGCACAGAUUAUUGAUGACAAUGAUACUAUUAACACUAUGUAGUUUGAACAAUCAUAUAUCAUGCAAAAGAAUUUCAAGAAGGUGAUGCCAAAAAAUUUAAGCUGGGAAAGCAUGAUCAAUAAAAAACCAAGGUAUUUCUCCUUGUCCUUUUUAGCAACUGCUUGUAAAUAAACAACUGGAGAAUGUAGGUACCUCGAUUCAUGAAUGAAAAAUACUAAAAAAAUCAAUAGCAAUGUUAGCAUUUUCAUAGAGAUAGAGGAUAUACUGCCGAGGCUUGUGAUCACUUGAAGGAUAAGAUUAAGGGAUUG